AUGAGUGGCCGAAAGAGCCGCGCAGCGGCGAAGGAGCAGUUAUCGUUAAGAGUAAACGGUGAGCAUGUAUGCUGUGCUGCUAUAAUAAACAAGAAUUGGGCCGUGACAGUAGCCUAUUGUAUAAUUAAAGAUCCCUUCAAGGAAAUUACUUUGUGCAGUGGAUCUUCCAUUCUUUACAAGAAUUGUACGGUUCAUCACGUAAUCAAAUAUUUCAUACACGAAAACUAUGAUAGUAUAAUCAAUGAUUAUAAUAUUGCUAUCAUUCAAGUAACACCUGCAUUUUCGUAUAAUAACACGGGAGCCAUAAAGUUAACAUCAAACAAACAUGUUCGUAAAAAUCUGGGGAUAACCUGUAGUUGGAGAUAUUAUCUGGUAAUAUGAAGAGAAGUAUCU